GGCUCUUCCCGGGUUCCAUGCUCCCCAACCCCCCUCUCCCUGCAGGGGGAACUGGGGAUCCGGAGAAGGGCCGAGUGGGGGGAGGAGAGGGUCGGCCUUGCGGAGGCCCAGCAGGAGACGAGAGAAGCCGGAUACAGAAACUGGAAGCCAUUUGUGGUCUUUCCAAGGCAAACUUUUCUCUUGGGGGAGAAAAAAAGAGCGGAAUCACUUGCAGGGAUCAGUCCUGUGGCCCCAGAAAUGGUCCCGUGAAGGAAAAGGCAUCUGGAGACCCAGAAGAGUCCUUGGAGCCAUCUGGAGUUGCUCUGCAGGACAGAGAAAGGAUGGAGACACAACCUUUGGGAAAGGAGGGAGCCGGAAAAGGCCCUUCAGCUGCUCAGCCUGGGAAUUGGGGGAAGCUCUGGACAAGAACCAGGCAGAAGAUCCUGGAGGAGGAAACCAUCCUCCCUUCAGAAGUUCAGCCCUGGAGCUUCAUCCAAUAUCGGGAGGCGGAGGGUCCCCGAGGACUUUGCAGCCAACUCCACGACUUUUGCAGGCGAUGGCUGAGACCAGAAAAGCACACCAAAGUCCAGAUGCUGGACCUGGUGGUUCUGGAGCAGCUCCUGGCUCUUCUGCCCCCAGAGAUGGAGAGCUGGGUGCGGGAGUGUGGAGCAGAGACCAGCUCCCAAGCAGUGGCCCUGGCAGAAGGCUUCCUCUUGAGCCAGGCGGAGGAGCAGAAGGAGCAGGUCCAGCUGCAGUGCUGCACUGUGGAGAUCAGAGAUCCUGAGGGAAAGAAGAACCCAUCAAAUCCCCCCCAGGAGCUAUUUUUCAGGAGGAUCCCUUGGGAAGAUCAAAGUCAGGACACCUCAGGAGAGAAACAAAGAAUGAAGGUUUCUGGUUUUUAUGACGGAGAUCAAAUAGCAGUUGACCCUCCAAAUCAAGAGCGUCUGGUGUCCUUCGAGGAGGUGGCUGUGUCUUUCUCUGAAGAAGAAUGGUCUCUUCUGGAUCCGGACCAGAAAGCGCUGCAUUCGGAAGUCAUGCUGGAAAACCAUAGGAACGUGGUCUCUCUGGGUAAUAAUGGGCAAGAGAAUCAAAAUUUCUGUCAACUGUUCCAAGUGAUCUAUGCUAAAGAUGGAACAGAGAAGUUUGGAAUUCGAAUGGAAUUAGGAAGCCAUGAGAGAAACCAGUCAAAGAAUUGGAAUCAGGAAAGUUCCACCGAUGCUCCGAUGGAAGACUUUCUUGCCCAACAAGAGAAAAUAAGGGAAAAAUACGUUGAGAAAAGUGUGAAGCUAAUCAAAGCUAAAAUACAAGGAAAUGAACACUAUUUAACCCAAAACAAAGGAGAAGAUGCUAUAAGAAGACACAAUGGACAAAAUUACAAUGGGACAUUCAUUCUUUCUCUUGGAAAUAACUUACUUACAUCUGAAAAAACGAUUGACACAAAAGAGGAACCUUAUAAAUGUUUGGAAUGUGGAAAAUGUUUUAGAAUAAGCGGGCAACUCACUAUCCAUAAAAGGAUUCACACAGGGGAGAAGCCAUUAAAAUGCAUGGAGUGUGGAAAGACCUUUGCUCGAAGAGAUUAUCUUAUUUCCCAUAAGAUGACCCACACAGGGGAGAAACCAUUUAAAUGCAUAGAGUGUGGAAAGACCUUUGCUCAAAGAGGUUAUCUUAUUUACCAUAAGAUGAUCCACACAGGAGAGAAGCCGUAUAAAUGCAUGGAGUGUGGAAAAACCUUUGCUCGUAACAGUAAACUUACUAAACAUAAAAGAAACCACACAGGGGAGAAACCAUUUAAAUGCACGGAGUGUGGAAAGACCUUUGCUCAUAGCAGUACACUUACUAAACAUAAAAGAAACCACUCAGGAGAGAAGCCGUAUAAAUGCAUGGAGUGUGGAAAGACCUUUGCUGAAAGAAGUCAUCUUAAUUCCCAUAAGAUGAUCCACACAGGAGAGAAGCCGUAUAAAUGCAUGGAGUGUGGAAAGACCUUUUCUCAAAGAAGUCAUCUUAUUUCCCAUAAGAUGAUCCACACAGGGGAGAAACCAUUUAAAUGCAUGGAGUGUGGAAAGACCUUUGCUCGACGAGCUCAUCUUAUUUCCCAUAAGAUGAUCCACACAGGAGAGAAGCCGUAUAAAUGCAUGGAGUGUGGAAAGACAUUUGCUCACAGCAGUGGCCUUAGAAGACACACAAAGCUCCACACAGGAGAGAAGCCAUAUAAAUGCAUGGAAUGUGGAAAGAGCUUUGCUCAGAGCAAUGGACUUAGAAGACACAAAAAUAUCCACUCGGGAGAGAAGCCAUUUUAAUGCAUGGAAUGUGGAAAGAGCUUUGCUCAGAAUGGUCCUCUUACUUCUCCUAAAAGGAUCCACACUCAGGAGAAACUAUAUAGCAAUAGCAAUUCCACUUCGAUUUAUAUACUAUACUACUAUAAUGCUUUACCACUUUAUCUCUGAGCAGUUUGCAAAGUCCCCAGCAAUCUGGGUCCUCAUUUUAGCAACCUCAGAAGGAUGAAUUAACUACUAAAAGUGAUCUAUACAAGUUGAAGGUGUUUUCAAUAAAAUGCCAAUUUGAAACUUGUCAGUUUCCACUUAUUUAAAAAUGCUCCAUCCAUUUUCUUGCUGAAAUAUUUUUUCUCAUCCAGAAUUUGCAUUUUUGCUCAAAGGAAUAGUCACAAUUUUCACUUUGUAAAGCCACUGCCUCCUUUUUAGCUAUUCCACAAAGAUCUUUAAUGUUCCCAGAUGCAAAUGGGCUUAUUAUGAAAAAACAACAACAGCCCACACCUGAAAUGUUAUUCUUUGGGUGGUAACCAGAUUAGAGCCCUGUUUUAAAUUAAGAGUUAUUAAAAACAAUCUUUCAAAACUGAGAAAUUGUUAGCAAAGUACUUGGAGC